AUGCGGUGCCUGGCGGCAUUCGCGGCGACAUUCACGGCGGCGAUGGCUCCUCGGCGUCGCGAUGCUGUUGCUGAUGGGGAUGAACCACCAGGUGCGGCGGACGAGUGUUGUUAUGUGCUGUUCGCGAGUCGUGAGACGCGCGAGUCUGUUGUCAAAAGCCGUGAACGAGUGACUCUAUGUGCUGUUGACUCAAAAGCCCAGUGCGCGGCGUCCAUCCCCCCCACCGCUCUUCUCCCCCUGCUGGACCCCGCCUUCCCCGCGCACCUCUGCGGCACCUGGCACUCCGAUUAUGCCGCCCUGCACUCGCGCAUCCGCGCUGCCAGUGCUGCUCAGCACGCUGCCACCACUGCCGCUUCUGUUACUGCUGCUCCACAAGCUGCUGUAGAUGCAGCUGCUGCGGCUGCAAGAGAAGCAGGAGAGACAGGAGGAAGUGGGGCAGGAGGAGGAACGGCAGCGGCAGCAGCAGCACCGCUGCCGUCCCCACCACCCUCCACCAACUCCUCCUCUACUUCCCCCACCGGCCCCCCUCCCCUCCGUUUCCUAACCUACGAUUGGCUUGACCAAUGCGGGGGCCUCGGUGACUCACUCGUGGGCCUCGCCACGUCAUUCGCCGUCGCGCUAUUGGACGAUCGCGCCUUCCUUAUCCGCCACGCGUGCCUGCGGUGGGCCUUCCAACCCGCCCUCGUGGACUGGACUCUCUCCCAUGAUAUCCCCCUCUCCCCCGCCCACGCCAUCCCCCGCGAUAAGCUAUCGGAGAAGAGGCAGUGGGAGGAGUGGCAGGGGGAGGUUCAACCGGGGGAGGUGCUACUGUUGGAUCUGCUGAACAGGAACGUGAACCCUGAUUGGUUCUUUCUGGGCGGCAAGGGGGGGGGCAAAGCGGGCAGCAAAAUGGGCAGCGAAGUGGGUGGCUUGUCUCGGAAUGCGGUGAACGUGCGGGUGAGGUGGAAUCGAGGCAUGCUGACGAGGAUGCUGGCGGGGCCGUGGACGGCUGGCAGGGCUAAGCGGUUAUACGACAUGGGCUUGCGGUUACCCUAUGCGUUCGGUUGCAUCCUCAGACCAAACCCGGAGGUAUGGGCGCGAGUGCAGGCGGUGCAGCAGCAGCUGGUGGCAGGCUUGGCAGCAGGUUCGGAUGCCGGACCUCUGGUGACCAUCGGUUUGCACAUCCGGAUUCCAGAUGCUGACGUGGCAUGGCAGGAGCAUGUGCGGCAGAAAGCACAAGGGGAGGGUGACAACACAACAGGGACUGCAACAUUGGAGGAGGCGGCAGAAGGGAAUGUGACCAAGGCGAACGUGACUUUAGCGAAUGUGACUAUGGCGGAUGCAGCAAUGGGCGCGGAGGAGCAGGCGGCAUGGCUGAAAGCUGUGUGGAAGUGGCUGGCAUGUGCCGAGGUGCGGCAGUGGAGCGAUUUCGGCUGCCUCCCUUCCUCUCCAUGUGAUGACGUUGCGACUAUGCAGGCAGUGGAGCGAUUCUGGCUGCCGCUGUCCCUCCCUCCGUGCAAUGAUUUCAAAAGUUUUCUCGAAAAGUUCACCCAUCCCUCCCAUAUUG